GCUACCCUGUGAGAUGGCGUUUGUUCCUGGCCUUGAGUGGCACGAGAUCCAAUGGAUCGUGGUAGGAGCCUGCGCUUGUCGUUGAUCGUGCGUUAAGAUACAAAAAAGCUACCUUCUGCUCUUUGCCCUCCUGCGUCCGCUGCUGAUCUCUCCGUCCCAGCAUCGCUCUUGUUCUGUCGAGCCCAGUUGACUCGCCUCGCAAGAUGUUGUCGCUGCUCUCUUCAACCAUCUUGCUGGCUUAUGCUGGCCAGCAAGCGCUGGCUCAAUUCGUCACUCCUCCCAAGAACCUAACCACCAAGGAAGGCUACGCGGGCAUCAAUGUUCGCUACAAGUCCGUCCCGGCAGGAAUAUGUGAACAGAACCCCAAUGUCAAAUCCUACUCUGGCUACGCCGACGUGGCUCCCGGCCAACACAUCUUCUGGUGGUUUUUCGAGGCGCGAAACGGAAAUGCUUCCGAAGCGCCUCUGACCAUCUGGAUCAAUGGUGGCCCUGGGAGCUCCUCCAUGAUCGGACUCUUCCAAGAACUUGGGCCCUGCCGUGUCGAUGCCGACGGGAACGCAGUGAACAACCCGUAUUCAUGGUCGGAAGUCAGCAACGUCAUCUUCAUUGACGAGCCGACUCAAGUGGGCUUCAGCUACUCGUCGCCCGUGGCCGCAUACGCCGAUCCUGUUUCGGGAGAUCUCGUCCAGUUGCCCAACAACACCUGCCCCGAGUAUGCGAGUGACUGGGACUGCGGCACUUACAGCUACUUCAACGAGAGUCUGACCGCGAACUCGACGCCUGCAGCCGCGCCGAACAUGUGGAAGACACUCCAGGGCUUCAUGGGUGCAUUCCCUCAGUACUCCAGGAAAGGGGUGUACUUCACCACCGAGUCGUACGGUGGUCACUACGGUCCAAUUUUCAACGAGUACUUUGAGGAACAGAAUGAUAAGAAUAUCAAGGGUGCACACAACAUAAGUCUUGAAGGUGUCAUGAUCGGAAACGGAUGGUACGAUCCGCUUAUCCAAUAUCAAGCGUACUACAACUUCAGUGUGUUCCCUGGGAACACUUACGGCUAUGAUCCGUUGAAUCAAUCUGUCAAGGACCAAUGGUACAACAACCUCUACGGCCCCGGCAACUGCUACGACCAGACGGUCGACUGCAACGCGCGAGGGAUCAACGAGAUUUGCACGGCGGCCGACAAUUUUUGCCUGAACCAAGUCGAGAACCUCUACGACAUCUACCUCGGCCGCGACGAGUACGACUUCCGGUACCUGAUGCCCGACCCGUUCCCGCCCACGUACUACGUCGACUACCUCAACACGGACAGCGUGCAGGCCGCGAUCGGGGCGUACGUCAACUACACCGAGAGCAACACGGCCGUGGGCAACGCGUUCGGCAGCACGGGCGACGACGACCGCGAGAUCGGCACGGUCGAGGCGCUGAAGAAGCUCCUGGCCCGCGGCGUCAAGCUGGUCAUGUACUUUGGCGACGCCGACUUCAACUGCAACUGGCUGGGGGGCCAGGUGGUGGCCGGCCACGUCGGCGCCCCGGGCUACGCCGACGCCGGGUUCGUCAACGUCUCCACCUCGGACGGCGUGGUGCACGGCCAGGUCAGACAGGCCGGGUCGUUCGCCUUUGUCCGCAUCUACGAGUCGGGCCACGAGGUGCCCUUCUACCAGCCCCUCGUGAGCCUGGAGAUGUUCAACCGGACCAUGAAGGGGGUCGACGUCGCCACGGGGAAGACCCGAAUCGGCAAGGACUACAAGACCUCCGGCCCCAAGGUGAGUUCCUACCACGAGGGCAACUCGACCGUCCAGUUCGACGUCGUGCCCGAGAGCGCCGUCUACAACGUCACCACGGCCACGCCCCAAAACGGGACCACCGCCGGCGGCUCGGCGGAGGCCGGGAAAAGAAUGGCCAGGGCCAAGAGGACGACCAGGAGAGGCAAAAGACUCAGGACGAAGAGGGACCUCUUGAACGCCAAGGACAAGAGGUGGGUGUUGCUCGAUGAGCAGUGAAAUCCCUGACUUUAUUUUUUGUUUUGUUGAAAAGGGAAAAAAAAAUACAGGACGAAGUAGUGCAUUCGUCAAGCUUACCAUCGGUAAUGCCUCAUACCUUACGGAGUAAGUAGUAUGUAAUUGAACGAGGCCCGUCAGCCAUAUCACGACGGUACAGACACACAAGAUCGUAACUUCGUUCCC